CAUCUGCGUAUCUGAUUUGAAAGAUUUAACGGUUCGUAAAAAUGAUGGGUAUUGGUAAAAGAAGCUCUUUUCAAUCUGGGAAUGUUACUGGGUAAUGUUUUGUACAUUGGCUCAGGUUUUAUAAAGUUUGAUCAAAAUGUGGGGCUUUGCGUCUAAUGUCAUUGGAAGUAUGGGGUUAAAGAAGUCCCCUAAGGAUCCAGCUCAAGCAUCCUCUCAAUGCUCUGAUGACGAGGUUUCAAAUGUUAGCAGGGAUGAAGAGGGAUUAGAAUGUCCCAUAUGUUGGGAAUCUUUCAACAUUGUCGAGAAUGUUCCCUAUGUGUUAUGGUGUGGUCAUACUCUUUGUCAGAAUUGUGUCUUUGGGCUACAAUCUGCUGUUUUGAGACUCUCGAGCCAAGAUAUCAGGAUUCCGUUUUUCGUCUCGUGCCCGUGGUGUCAGUUGCUUUCGUUCAGGAUUGUCUACAAGGGUAAUCUAAAGUUCCCUCGGAAGAAUUUUUUCCUUCUCUGGAUGGUUGAGAGUCUGAAUGGUGACAGGACAAGUCAUCAUGGUUCUUUGGUCAGUGAUAACCAGCAAUCGGUUCCGCCUCCGAGGUGUAGCAUGUCUCUAGGAAACCAGAGCAGCAACAACAAUCUGAUUGCGAGGCCUCUAUUGCGUAACCAGUCUACAGAAAUUUUGCCACAUCAUGACCACAGUAACCAACCAAGCAGACAACACUUCUCUUUUCACAAAUCUCUUGAUUUUUUCAUCUCUUUCACCUCCAAGUUUCCGUUUGUGGUCAUCUUCCUUCUGAUCGUUUUCUUUGCUAUACCUGGUAGCCUCAUAAUUCUUGCCCUUUACUUCCUCCUCACAAUACUUUUCGCACUUCCAGCUGGUCUGGUACUAUAUUUUGCUUACCCUAUUCUAGAAAGGAUUCAGAGGCAUGCAGAGGGUUUCCUACCAGUUGUUCUCAUGAGGUUUGCUUUCUCCUUAACCUUCAACUCUUCUUUCAGUCGACUCUCAUAUGCAUGUGCUCUUGCACUUGCAACGAUGAUCUCAAUACGUUCAUUUUCGUCCCUGAACCUCUGGGUCGCCUUCAACUUUGUUUUCUCUACAGCUCUCUUCACAUUCAUGACAUCGAUUAGUUCUUUAAUUAUGCAAGAAUCAAUUUCUGGAACCAAAGGAAAGUGGAAAAAAGGUAAAGAAGAGGCACCUCUGUUCUAUGAAGCUUUCUCUUUGCCUUUUUCCUCUUCUUAUCUUCCCAUGACACAAUCUUCUCACUUAGCUUCUCGUACCUGCAAAAAUCUUAAACCCAUUAGUCUCUUAGCAACAGUUAAACCGGACAACAAAGAAAGAAAACAUAACACACUUGUUUCUCGAUUUGCUUAGCUCUGUUUCCUUCCAUUGAUCCACCACAGCUGCCAUUGGUACAGGUUUUGCUCGUUGCUCUCUGGUUACGUUCAUAACGCUACAGUUUGUUCAGAAUCGUAUCUUAAAAUUUUGAAUGGUACCAUCAACUAAUAUAUAGAUAGAUAUUGC